AUGAACUAUCUUGAAAGGAAGUUCAAGCAGAGAAGAGCUCUACACCCCCCAGUUCUAUCCAUCAACACCAGAGGCAUUGAUCCUGGUCUUGAUCCUGGUUCACAUGGGCUUGUUCUAAACAGCGAAAUUAAUCUCUCUGUUAAUACCUCCAACAAACACACUGGCAGUAUUACUUACAACCAUUCUGUGAAGCAUGAAGUGAGUUUAUCUCCAACAAAGACUGAGAUGGGAGAGAAGAAUAACAAAUUUAUAAAAGACGUCCUCCAGAGUUUAGAUUCUGCAAAUGAUGAGGAUAGUGGCGGUAUUUAUAAUGAAAAUGACCCCGAGAGCGAUAUUUACUGGAAUCAAAAGUUACUUGACUUUUCAAUAAUUGACGAGUUUAAAUCUUUGAAUCCUAAUCUGCCACCAAUCUACAACAAUAACAAUAACAAUAACAAUAACAAUAACAAUAACAAUAACAAUAACAAUAACAAUGAUAACUUAAAUGAUAACAUUGAUGAUAAUGAAGCUUUAAUAAUUGAAAAUAAUAACUUAAUUAUGAACCAAAAUAUAUCUUCUUUAAACUUUGAGAGAUCGAAAUUAAAGCUACAAUUAACCAACUCUAAAAGAAAUUCUGCAUCAUAUUUUUCAAACAAUAACUCCAUUUAUUUAAAUAACUCAAAGAAUUCUCAAUCUUUUUGGAAAUAUCAUAUCUUGAUUUCGUCUGCAUCAAAAAGUUUAAGAAAUUCAAAUCUAACCUCUUUCUAUUUGACUACAAAUCCUUCUUUAAAUCAUAUAUACUGCAAGAUUGCCCCUUCUUAUUUUGUUAAAAUAUUAUACAAAAAUGAUGAUAAUGAUAAUAUCUAUAAUGAAAUUGAUUCGAAUAAAAAAUUUGAAUAUAAAUUGUUAAUGGAAAUUGAAAAUUUUGAUUUGCCUAUCAUAAUUAUUGAAAAGUAUUCUUAUCUGUAUAUUGGCAAAAUCGCUUAUACUUAUAAAAUUAAGCUACUACCUUAUUCAAACCUAACUUAUAUUAACGAUAAUAAUGUGGAAUUUAAUUCUCAUUACGAUGAUUACAAAGCAGGUAAAACCCCAAUCUAUUGGGAGACUAUAACAAGCAAUUUAUCUUUAAACUCCUAUAUUAAUUCUCCUGAUUUAUUAUCUAUAUUAUCAAAAUCAAAAUCAAUAAACUCACUGUCUUCAAUAAAAUAUUCACUCUAUAAUAAUAAUUAUCAAAUAAGUGAUCCUUAUAAAAAUUCAUGGAUUAUGGGUUCUAUACCCAAGUUGAAAAAAAAAAAGUUAAUUGGAAAAUACAACACUUACUUACUUAUGAAUAAUACUAGUGACGAUGAUAAAAGAAUAUUUGCCUUUUGCAGACUUCAUCAAAAGAAAUUUAAAAAAAAAUUAAUUGUUGAUUUCAAAAGAUACAAAAACUCCUCAAUUAAUGAUUUUUAUUAUAACAAAAAUUCUAGUCAUCAUUUUGAUGACUAUGAUUCCGAAGAAUACGAUUCUGAAUUAGAAUCCGAAAAUACUGAAACCGUAAGCAGUAAUAAUAGUAGCAUGGCUGAUAUUAAUAAUACUAAUAAAAAAAAUUUAGCUAUCAGGUCUAGGAAAAAAUCCUUUCAUAAAAUGUCAAAAAGUUUAUCAGACCAAGUAUCAAAUAAAUUUUUACCAAAAUCAAAGUUGAUUGAAAAAAUUGAUUACGAUAAACUUUUGAAAGAGAAAAAAAAAAAGUUUGAGACUUAUUUUAAUCCAGGCGAUGGUAUGUUUCAAAGAAACACACCAGAUGAUAAACCAAAUGAUUAUAAGUUGGGUUGGCUAACCAUUUAUAACGAUGAAAAUAUUUUAAAAAAUCAGGGAAUGUGGGAAUUUAUUUUGGCGACCUCGAUUACAAUUUCAAUGGAAAGAGCAAUAAAUCAUUUGCCCUUCACUAAUCACUAA